AUGGCAUCCACUCCCUCCAACCGGCUUAAGCUUACGCCCAACAACUCUCCAUAUCUUUCCCGACCCUCGCGUUCUCCCAUCCGGCCCCGCGGCUUCUGCGAACCCGGCCUGUCUCUCCAACGUGUGAUAGGUACAACCUGCAGCUCCCCGACCGGAUUUGAUACCGUCCACUCAUCGUUCGCCUAUAUUGCUGGCGGCGCCGUGGUGGUGGUGGACGUGUCUGGCGAGCAUUAUUCUCAACGAUUCUACCGGGCCAGACCCUCUGCUGUACCCGUAUUUUCCGUAUCUCCGGUCUCGAAUUCAUCUUCCACACUGAACAACACCCCAAAAGCAAACGAUAGUAGGAACCGAGCGGCGCCCUCCCCGCGAGAGGGUUCAUAUGGCGGCUCAGACUGGCUGGACGCACCAAGCUCCAAAACCUGGACGAGUCGAGAGCGCAUCAAGGCAGCCACCUGUCUGGCCCUCAGUAGAGAUGGAAGAUAUCUCGCCGUGGGCGAGACGGGCUAUGCUCCGCGGGUGCUCAUAUUCAACCUCCAGGACGUUUCCUCGGACACGCCACUGGUCUCGAUUAGCGAACACACGUUUGGCGUCAACGCCGUGGCAUGGUCCUCAGACACCAAAUUUCUGGCCUCCUUAGGUGCUGCCAACGAUGGGUUUCUUUACCUAUGGAAAAUCGAUCCCCGCACAGGUGCGGCAAAGCUGUUUCAACAAAAUCGGUGCACCGCUCAGGUGAAGGGCUUGUUUUGGAUGGGCAGCAACCUGAUUACGCUGGGCGUCCGUCACGUGAAAGUUUGGAGGGUGGAUGAAGGCUCAAUAGCCACCCCGGUGAAGCCUAGGUUUGGCGGAGAGCAAGCUGCUCAGGCCGUCGCUCAGCAAGCCCAAAAACCCCUUUCCGGAAGAAACAUCCUUCUGGGCACCAUGCUGGACGAAACAUUCGUCUGCGCAAUCGCCAUCAGCGACGAGAAAGCCAUUGUCUGCUCGGAAACGGGCCACGUGUGCCUGUUGGACGACACGAAUAAACAAAUGAAACUGGUCAAGGUGCUGGACCUUGGCUUCAACAUUGGCUGCAUCUCCAGCCGAAACGGGAGUGUAUAUGUGGGCGGCAAAGAGGACGGCGAUUUCGCCCUCGUGAGUCUCGAGGGAAUCCUCAGUGGCACGCCGGACCCAACACUUCGGAGCUCACAGACCUCCGAAGGCCUCGCGGCCAUGGGGUUUUUGGCUGAAAACCUGGUGACGGUCAACAGCAAGCAGUCGAUUGAUGUUUGGGGUCCGGAUUACAUGCCUGGGACUACCCCAGACGACACAAAACGCAUCCCUAUACCAGGCCCGGGUGAUCCUAUCGUUGGCACCCAGCGGCUCUCUGCGUCGAAUAAACUCGGUGCCGCUUUCUUCACGUGGGCCGGCUUCGGGCGAGUGAAUAUCUGGGACCUGGACGGCAUGAUCAAAUCAGCCUUUGAUGUUCCCAUUGAACAACUCGACAUGGGCAACGAGGUCGAGGUCAAUCAAGUUGUUGUGGUGAGAGCCACAGGUGACGGCAGCCUCUUCGUUGCUGGCGACAAGCUGGGUGUUCUUCGGAUCGUGGACUCUUCGACAGGAGGGUGCGUGAUGGAGACCAAGGCUCAUUCGUCAGACUGCCAGGAUAUCACGAUUCACGAGGGCCAGUCGAGAACCCUCAUCGCUUCCUGCGGCAGAGACCGAACAGUCCAGCUGUUUCAACGGUUGGCGACAGGUGCUUUUGAGCACUUCCAGACACUGGAGUUCACUGCCAAGGUUGUGCAAGUGCUCAUCCCUACUGAGGAUAAGCUCAUGACGUGCUCCCUGGAUCGAACGAUUCAGAUACACGAUUUGGUCACCAAGGAGAACGAGCCGGAUGCUAUGGCCGCGAUACCCUCCAAGGUCGUUUCGCUAAAGGCUUCUCCGUCAUCCAUGACGGUGACACCUGAUGAGAAGGCGAUCUAUGUCGCUUUGCUGGACCGCUCGGUCUGCCAUUAUGAUUUCACAACUGGGCGGCUUCUUGGGUCUUUCAAGUGCAACGAUGAGGCGGGACUGGAAUCUGUCGUUUUGGAAUCACUCACAUUUGGCCAGCUUGGAAAUGGUGAUCUGUCGUUCUUGCUGGGUAUCUCCAACACGGACAAAUCGGUGCGGAUAUACGACGCUCAGUCUGGGUUGUUUUUGGACCGCGAAUGGGGCCACACCGAGGCUAUCAAUGGUGUCGUUUUGAUCGACGGUGAUGAAGGUGGAAAGAGAGUCGUCAGUGUGGGCGAGGAUGGUACCAUAAUGAUCUGGACGCUUGACUUUCAAGAUCCCGUCGCUGGCGGGUCACGAACUCGCGAUCCGUCACCCGACAAGAACAUCUCGACAUCCACCAGACCGCCGUUACGAAAGGUUCUCUCGAAAGCAGAAUUAGCCGAGUUUCAACGGCCAACAACGUCCCCUGGCGGGCGUAGAUCACCGCCCCGUGCUUCACAUCGGCGGGCUAGUAAGUUCCAUGUGACGACAAACACGGCGAGGACGCCCAACACCGAAAAGCAACAACUCAGCCCGGGGAGCGGGGUAGCAGAAGAGACUCCCUCUCGGCGAGCCUCUUCAGGGGGCAGCAGAUCAGAUAGCCCUCCUCCACCACCCGAUAGCCCCAAGAACAGGGCGCGGAUGUUUCGCCGACCAUCUCUCCCGGCCUUGAACAUGACGCCGACGGCGAGCAUCAAGUCCAAGAAGAAGUCCAACCAAAAUAUGCGGAGCGGGUAUGGCUUUGGCAGCCUCAGCAUGGCCACCGAGCAAACCUGCCGUCAACUACGGGCCUACCGCAAGAAAUUAAACUCGAGCGAUUCCAUCAACAGCGAUGUUCUCUCUGAACUCGACGCCGAACUCCGGCUUACGGCGGCGGCGCUCGGGGAACGGGCGAUCAGGAGCAGGAGCAGCCGCGAGCCGGACGAGCACAAGCCAGUCAGCGAGUCGAUGCUGAGCGGCCUACUGGACCAGUAUAGUGAGCGAUUGGUCAGCAUGCUGGACGAGAAGCUUCGACUGCGGCUCAGCGAGGAGGAGAAGGAUUCUCUUGUUAGGGACAGGCCGAGGACAUCUGGGCAAGCCUCGUCGAGUUCGGAGGGGAGCAGGGGGGGGACGUUUACGGAUGCUGUGCUUUGUGAGGAGCCUGGGUCUGCUUGA